GUUGAAAAGUUUAAAUUCUAAUAUAGUUUUGUAAACAGUUUCUUUCAAUUAAAUGCAGCGAUUCACAUAAUGUUUUUUCGAAAAGUUGACACUUUCUGCUCGUAAAUCUCUUUUCUUUCAGAAAUAGUGUUUAAAAUGUCUUAGUAUGGAUACGCGCCUCUGUUGUCACUGAUGUGGCGGAGUUUGCGCUCAUGAAUAUGAAUGAGUUAAAGCUGACGAUUCCUCCUCGUGCGUCCAAUCACAUGUCCUAAUUAAUAUUCAUGAGCUAAACCCAAUAUGCCAUAGUAGGAUUGACUUCCGGCCAGAGUUCCCAGACGCCCUCUUUACGUCAGUGUAGUAGCGCUUAACUUUUCAAACGGGACCCAAACACACACACACACACACACGGGACAGGGGACACUCAACAGAAUCGGAGUGAGCGUGUUGCUGGGACAGUUUAUCGCUAUCGUUUACUAUAUCGGAUUAUCAUUCCUUUUAAUCCUUAAAAGGACUUGUUCAAACCGGACUGGAUAACAAAUAAACAUUAUUUAAUAGCAAAGUGGAUAAUGUUUUUCUCUUAAACGUCGCAAUGGAUUAUAUUUCUGAAAGGACUGACAUGGAGAGGCAGGGUGACUGAAGAUGUGUAGCGCUUAAAGUUUCUGUGUCGCUUGCACGCGCAACAUGUGUUGCACUGAAGCGAGUUAUUUUGACAGCGGAGCACACAGACUGAUAUAGCUGCUAAACUUGACAUUUGCAAUUGAAUCCUUGUACUCUUCCACAUGCUAAAAUGAUCUCGGAGGAAAGAAGCAAUCACAUCUCUAAACAAGCUCUCGGCUUUCCUGUCGGGUUAUUGAUCCGCUCGCCCAAGAGACGCCUGGCAAUGCUGGGCAGAAAACCCAGCAAUGGAUCUCUACAGUCCAACACAUCUGACAGCACGGCUCAGUCUGUGGAGAGCACUGGAGUCCGGCAGCCGGCCAAGAGCAAGAUACGCCGACACAACAACAGACUGACCACGGUGUUCAACCGAAGCCCUGUUCUGCGAAACAGACGGCCGGGUCAGGAUAGCAGGGCCCUAGAACUGCAAGCAGCGGACGACCCUGCGGAGCUGUCCAGUCAGAGGACUAUCCCAGGGAUCCUCAAGAUAUUUGGCAGUGACAUUUGUCAAGGAACCAACUACAAGAGCGUGCUGGCCACCAGUCACUCCAGUGCCAAAGAGCUGGUCAAAGAGGCUCUGGAGAGGUACUGCUUGGAAAAGGAGGACUCCAGUGCGUAUGUGCUCUGUGAUGUGAUUGGCCGAACUGGAUUGGACCAUGAAUGGCAGACGGAGUGCUGUCGGGUUGUCGGUGACCACGAGAAGCCCCUCAUGUUGCAGUCACUCUGGAAACCCAAGGAGGGAUUCUCCAGGCGUUUCGAGAUCCAGAAAAGAGCGAACGUGGAGGCGCAAAGUGCCAAGAAUACAGACACCAUCACUGCAGGCCUCAAUGCCCAAGCCCGAAAGCUGCAGCAUGCUCGUGCGCGGGUCACCUCUCUGUUUGUGGAUGGGACGAAUGAGGGGCUGGAUGCUCUGGGUAUCUGGAGGAGCUUGAGUGUCAUGGAUGUCUCCACUAUGGGAAAAGAAGCCAGUGAGACCCAUAAUGCACCUCUACAGGAGGAUCCAGAGGCAGAGGCUGAUAAAGAGGCUCACCGCCUCAACGCAGAGAAAGAGGAGACGGAAAGCAGCGAUGACAACAACACGCAGUACUCCAUCCACCUGCCCUUCGAUUUCCCGUAUUUCCUUCUGCUGCAAGGAUACAACCACAGACAGGACUUUCUGAUCUAUCUGAUGAGUGGGAACAGUUGUAUAUUUGGCUCCUCCAUUGAAUCCUCCACUGUUAAAAAUGAGGAAACCCUGAAAGUGGACGUUCUACUCUUUGCCCCUGACAUCCUACCUCAACACUGUUGCGUACAGCAUCUAGACGCCACCAGUGACCAAACCAAAGGAAGUAGCAAGAUGCGAACCCUGCUCAGACCCCUCCACAGCGCACAUGUUACGCACAACGGCGUCCCCCUCGAUGACGAGGUUGAGUUGUGUCCCGGGGACCUGGUGGGGCUCGGGCAGCACUAUCUCUUUAUGUUCAAGGACCCUACGGCCUCAGGAGCCUUUCAGACCCCAUCGUGGAUGGCCACCCUGUGUCCUCCAGCCACAACAUCUCCCUGUAAACUGUGUGGAACAUCCGUCAGGAGGAGGAGGACUCAAAAAAUGGCCGCCCGCUGGAGGGACUUGGAGGGCAGGGUGCUGUCGCUGUCCUAUCAGGUGCAGCAUGAAGAUCAAGUCUUGGAGAAGAUUCUCAGCAUGGUGGACCCAGAAGGGGAAGAACCCAAACUUACCCCAGCCUUUCUGCUGUGUCUGUGCAUUCAGCACUCCAACACCAACUUUGAGUUGGCUCACCUCCGGAAAUUGCUGCUCUCUAUCGCUAAUCAAGUCCAGCUCACCAUGUGGGAAAGAACAAAAGAACUCGCAGCUCUGCAGCCAGACAUAAGCACCAGUGAUACGUCAGCAGAGCAGCAUGCGUUGAACAUUAAGGAUCUGAUCCCAGGCCUGCAGCCGCUGGUGCUGUGGAUGUCCAACUCCAUUGAGCUGCUGCACUUCAUCCAACAUGAGGUCCCUCUGCUCUUAACAUGGAGACAGCAGGACAGACAGGAAAUGGACAAAGAAUCAAUGGAUUAUCAGAUCCAGUCCACACGUGCUGCCAGCGAGGAGGCCAUGACAGUCCUAGAGGAAGUCAUCAUGUUCACCUUCCAGCAGUGUGUCUACUAUCUCACUAAAAGUAUGUAUGCCGUGUUACCGGGGCUGCUGGACAGUAACCCUUUCUCUGAGAGCGGUCCACUGCGCAUGCCAACGGGAGUCAGCCAAAUCCUAGACGUCCUGAAGGAGGCACUGCACCUGCUCAACACUUUCCAGGUGCACAGCGAGAUCACAUCUCAACUGCUGACCUACCUGUUCUUCUUCACCAACGCCUCACUCUUCAACACGCUCAUGGAGAGAGGAUCUGGAGGUGGCUUCUACCAGUGGUCUAGAGGAGUGCAGAUCCGGGCCAACCUGGAUUUGCUGAUGGACUGGAUUCAGAGCAUUGGCAUGGGACAUUUGGCUACUGACUUCUUCCAGAGACUCUCCUCAGCUGUCAACCUACUCGCUACUCCUAAGGAGACCCUACUGCAGGCAUCAUGGUGCACUCUGAGAGCUGAGUUUGUUCAUCUGAACCCUGCACAGCUGCAUCACAUGUUGAGAGAGUACAACACAGCUCGGAUGUGCCCUCCGUGCUGGACGCCAUCUCCAGAGGAUUCAGUGGCUGCCCUCAAUACCUCUAAUAUCCUGGAAAGUUUCGACAACCAUCCUCCUCUAAUCCUGCCCGGCAGCAUUUUUAAUCUGGAGCUGGGAAAUCCCAUCACAGAGCCAGGGCUGUUCACUCCUCUCCGGCAUCUGCAGGAGUUUAUCCAGUCUCUCCCAGACAGCCAGACACAGUCUGAUCAUCAGCCCUCACAGGGCUCCUGCACUAACUUGACUGAAGAGACAGCAUCUGAACCAAUAACCUGCCAGGACUCAGAGGAGAAGGAUCAGCACCAUGUCAGCUUGACACCUCCUCAGUUUCGGGGGUCUCACAGUAACCUGAGCUCGUGUGAGGCCGUCCUGACCCAGAAACUCAAGUGCCUGGAGCUCCAAAACAGCCUGUCAGGGAAUACAGACCUGGGCUACCACAAGAGUCUGGCCCUCGACCCCUCCUGCCUGCUGACGCCUCCCAACACCCCUCAGAGUCUUGAGCAAGCCGAGCUUGAAGCCAGUCUGCUGGAGGGGGCGGCACAGCAGACGGCACGCCAGCACAGGAAAGUAGAGAACGGCAUCACAGACCACAGAACGGAUGAAGAUGAGGAUGAUAGAGAUGAAGUGUUUGCUGUAGAGCUGAUGAGAGGACCUCAUGGUCUUGGGCUGGCGCUGGUGGAUGGAAUGAAAACUCCUCUGCGAGUGAGUGGGAUCUACGUGAAGUCAGUGGUGCCUGAUUCCCCAGCAGCCCUCAGUCAGAGACUAAGAGUGGGCGACCGCAUCCUCGCGGUCAAUGGAGUCAGUCUGGUGGGAAUGGACUACCACAGUGGACGAGAACUCAUCCGGACGUCCAGCGAUUCGCUGAGAUUACUGGUGGCCAAAACUGAAUCCAGGAGCUUCAUCACCAGAUGCUGAGAAACAAAACAGACUCGUUGACUAUCAUUGGACUGAUCUUUCCUCAUUGAUCCAUUCAGUCAAAUCUCAGGCAAUUAUGCUGAAACCAAAGGAAAGGCAAUUCAAAUGAAUUCAUUAAUGUUGCUGUUUGUGUUGUUUUCUUUGUCUCUUUGUCUCUGGCUGUUGGUGGGAGUACAGACGUCUCAAAUGGCCAGGACAAUACAGGUGCAUCUCAAUAAAUUAGAAUGUCGUGGAAAAGUUCAUUUAUUUCAGUAAUUUAACUCAAAUUAAAUAAAUUCAAUGCACACAGACUGAAGUAGUUUAAGUCUUUGGUUCUUUUAAUUGUGAUGAUUUAGGCUCAUAUUUGACAAAAACCCACCAAUUCACUAUCUCAACAAAUUAGAAUACUUCAUAAGACCAAUAAAAAAAAACAUUUUUAGUGAACUGUUGGCCUUCUGGAAAGUAUGUUCAUUUACUGUAUAUGUACUCAAUACUAGGUAGGGGCUCCUUUUGCUUUAAUUACUGCCAGGUGAUCAGUUUGUGGCACUGCUGAGGUGGUAUGGAAGCCCAGGUUUCUUUGACAAUGGCCUUCAACUCAUCUGCAUUGUUGGGUCUGGUGUCUCUCAUCUUCCUCUUGACAAUACCCCAUAGAUUCUCUAUGGGGUUCAGACCAGGCGAGGUUGCUGGCCAAUCGAGCACACCAACACCAUGGUCAUUGAACCAGCUUUUGGUACCUUUGACAGUGUGGGCAGGUGCCAAGUCCUGCUGGAAAAUAAAAUCAGCAUCUCCAUAAAGCUUGUCAGCAGAAGGAAGCAUGAAGUGCUCUAAAAUUUCCUGGUAGAUGGCUGCGUUGACUGUGGACUUCAGAAAACACAGUGGACCAACACCAGCAGAUGACAUUGCAGCCCAAAUCAUCACUGACUGUGGAAACUUAACACUGGACUUCAAGCAACAUGGAUUCUGUGCCUCUCCAGUCUUCCUCCAGACUCUGGGACCUUGAUUUCCAAAUUAAAUGCAAAAUUUACUUUUAUCUGAAAAGAGGACUUUGGACCACUGAGCAACAGUCCAGUUCUUUUUCUCCACAGUCCAGGUAAGACGCCUCUGACGUUGUCUCUGGUUCAGAAGUGGCUUGGUAGCCCUUUUCCUGAAGACGUCUGAGCGUGGUGACUCUUGAUGCAAUGACUCCAGCUUCAGUUCUCUCCUUGUGAAGCUCUCCCAAGUGUUUGAAUCGGCUUUGCUUGACUGUAUUCUCAAGCUUGCGGUCAUCCCUGUUGCUUGUGCAACUUUUCCUACCCAAAUUCUUCCUUCCAGUCAACUUUGCAUUUAAUAUGCUUUGAUACAGCACUCUGUAAACAGCCACACCUUUCAGUAAUGACCCUCUGUGACUUACCCUCUUUGUGGAGGACGUCAAUGUUCGUCUUCUGGAUCAUUGCCAAGUCAGCAGUCUUCUCCAUUAUUGUGGUUUCAAAGAACAAGAGAUACCCGGAAUUUAUACUGUAGGGAUGGUCAUUUAUUGAAACUCAAAUGUAAAUAUUGUAAUAUUUUGAGAUACUGAUUUUUGACUUUCAUGAGCUGUAAGCUCUAAUCAUCAAAAUUAAAACAAAAAAAACCUUUUGAAAUGUUUUACUUUACAUGCAAUGAAUCUGAAAUUUUCAAAAAAAAAGUUUCACUUUUUGAAAUAACUUACAAGAAAAAAUUGAACUUUUUCACGACAUUCUAAUUUAUUGAGAUGCACCUGUAUGUGUUUAUUUAUAUAUAUAUAUAUAUAUAUAUAUAUAUAUAUUCCCUGUUGAACAAACCUGUGUGCUGGUCCUAAGCAAAUAGCUCCUGCUCAGGACCAGCACAUGACCAGCAUCCAUGCUUCAAAACCUACCUAACCAGCAUAUGCUGUUUUUUUCAACAGGGUUAGCAUUUAUUUCACACUUUUCUUUCUUUCUUUUAUGUAACAGUUUACCAGAUGUUUACCAGUGUUUUAUUUUGGUUUAGUAUCUGUCCGUCUGUCAUUUUCUGGUUUCCUGAGAAAUAGUUGUGGUCCAGACAGAGUUAUUUCAGUUUCCAUAAAACUCAAACUGGAAGAGAAAGAUAGUCUCACAAAUCUAUUCUGUUCAUAACAUCCAAAUACUGCUGUAAAUAUCUGUCAGAGCUACAUUAGUUUGAGUCAGUUUUUAAUAUUUGGCCAAAGUAUCACUAUUAAUGUAGUUUGUGUUGCUGAUGUUAUGAAACUAUGUACUAUUUUAUAUUGAUGUAAUUUCAUAUUAAUAUUACUUGAGGCUCCUGAUGUUGAUUAUAAAUGUGCCAGAGAAACAGUGUUAUAUUGUCAUCAGUGUUCAUGAUGGCAUUAAAAACAAUCGGUUAUAAUAUUUAUAUUGAUAACUGUUAAUGUACAAGUGUAAUAAAUAUUAUUUCAUUUCUUUUUAAAGAAAAGAGAAAAACUGUUGCGGUUUAUUUUUUCUUUUAAAAAAGUUUUACUUUGUUU